UCGAGGAAUAACCGGGUGAUGGUGGAAGGGGUCGGGGCCCGAGUAGUGCGCGGCCCGGACUGGAAGUGGGGGAAGCAGGACGGCGGCGAGGGCCAUGUGGGCACCGUCCGGAGCUUCGAGAGCCCUGAGGAGGUGGUGGUAGUCUGGGACAACGGCACCGCCGCCAACUACCGCUGCUCCGGGGCCUACGACCUGCGCAUCCUGGACAGCGCGCCCACUGGCAUCAAGCAUGAUGGAACCAUGUGUGAUACCUGCCGCCAACAGCCCAUCAUUGGCAUUCGAUGGAAAUGUGCGGAGUGUACAAAUUAUGAUUUGUGCACAGUUUGUUAUCAUGGAGAUAAACAUCAUUUAAGGCAUCGCUUUUAUAGAAUUACUACACCGGGAAGUGAGCGGGUUCUGUUAGAGUCUCGUAGAAAAUCUAAGAAGAUUACAGCCAGAGGGAUCUUUGCAGGUGCCAGAGUGGUGCGAGGAGUGGACUGGCAGUGGGAAGAUCAGGACGGAGGGAAUGGACGGAGGGGAAAGGUGACAGAAAUCCAAGACUGGAGUGCAUCGAGCCCACACAGCGCAGCCUACGUUCUCUGGGAUAAUGGUGCUAAGAACCUUUACAGAGUUGGCUUUGAGGGCAUGUCUGAUCUGAAGUGUGUCCAGGAUGCCAAAGGAGGUUCUUUCUACAGAGAUCACUGCCCUGUGCUAGGUGAGCAGAAUGGCAACAGGAAUCCUGGUGGAUUGCAGAUUGGUGACCUGGUCAAUAUAGAUCUUGACCUAGAAAUUGUACAGUCUUUGCAGCAUGGUCAUGGAGGAUGGACUGAUGGCAUGUUUGAGACUUUAACUACAACUGGAACUGUCUGUGGCAUUGAUGAAGACCAUGACAUUGUCGUGCAGUAUCCAAGUGGCAAUAGGUGGACUUUCAAUCCCGCUGUUCUCACUAAAGCGAACAUUGUCCGAAGUGGGGAUGCUGCUCAGGGUGCAGAAGGAGGCACCUCGCAGUUUCAAGUGGGUGAUCUGGUACAAGUUUGUUAUGAUCUGGAGAGAAUUAAACUUCUGCAAAGAGGACACGGAGAAUGGGCUGAAGCUAUGCUCCCAACUUUAGGUAAAGUUGGCCGAGUACAACAGAUUUAUUCAGACAGUGAUUUAAAGGUGGAAGUUUGUGGAACAUCUUGGACAUACAAUCCAGCAGCAGUUUCCAAGGUGGCAUCUGCAGGAUCAGCCAUUAGCAACGCAUCUGGUGAAAGACUCUCCCAACUCUUGAAGAAAUUAUUUGAAACCCAAGAAUCUGGUGACCUCAAUGAAGAAUUAGUUAAGGCUGCUGCCAAUGGAGAUGUUGCUAAAGUGGAAGAUUUGCUAAAAAGACCAGAUGUGGAUGUAAAUGGACAGUGUGCUGGUCACACAGCUAUGCAAGCUGCUAGUCAGAAUGGACAUGUUGAUAUUUUGAAGUUACUUUUGAAGCAAAAUGUGGAUGUAGAAGCAGAGGAUAAAGAUGGAGACAGAGCCGUUCACCAUGCAGCUUUUGGAGACGAAGGUGCUGUCAUAGAAGUACUGCACCGAGGCAGCGCUGAUCUGAAUGCUCGAAACAAGCGCCGACAGACACCACUUCACAUUGCCGUCAAUAAAGGUCACCUGCAGGUGGUGAAGACUCUACUGGACUUUGGCUGUCAUCCUAGUCUUCAGGAUUCUGAAGGUGAUACCCCUCUUCAUGAUGCAAUAAGUAAGAAACGUGAUGAUAUCCUGGCAGUUCUUCUGGAAGCUGGAGCAGAUGUUACCAUUACAAAUAAUAAUGGAUUUAAUGCUUUGCACCAUGCUGCACUAAGAGGAAAUCCCAGUGCAAUGCGUGUUUUACUUUCUAAAUUACCAAGACCAUGGAUUGUGGAUGAGAAGAAAGAUGAUGGUUAUACUGCCCUGCAUCUGGCUGCCCUUAAUAAUCAUGUAGAAGUGGCUGAACUGUUGGUACAUCAGGGUAACGCAAACCUGGAUGUCCAGAAUGUGAACCAGCAGACUGCCCUCCACCUUGCUGUUGAGCGACAGCACACCCAGAUUGUGAGGCUUUUGGUCCGUGCAGGUGCCAAGUUAGAUAUUCAGGAUAAGGAUGGGGAUACUCCUUUGCAUGAAGCCCUGAGGCAUCACACCUUGUCUCAGCUACGUCAGCUUCAAGAUAUGCAAGAUGUGGGGAAGGUUGAUGCUGCCUGGGAGCCGUCCAAAAACACAUUAAUAAUGGGACUUGGUACCCAGGGGGCUGAGAAGAAGAGUGCAGCAUCAAUUGCCUGUUUCUUGGCUGCCAAUGGUGCAGACCUUAGCAUUCGAAAUAAGAAAGGUCAGUCUCCACUUGAUCUCUGUCCUGAUCCAAGUCUCUGCAAAGCACUGGCAAAGUGUCAUAAAGAAAAAGUCAGUGGUCAGGUGGGUUCUCGAAGUCCUUCUAUGAUCAGUAAUGAUUCUGAAACCUUAGAAGAGUGUAUGGUGUGCUCAGAUAUGAAGAGAGAUACUCUUUUUGGCCCAUGUGGACAUAUUGCUACCUGUUCUUUAUGUUCUCCACGAGUCAAGAAAUGCCUCAUCUGUAAAGAACAAGUUCAGUCCAGGACAAAGAUUGAAGAAUGUGUGGUAUGCUCCGACAAGAAAGCAGCUGUUCUUUUUCAGCCAUGCGGACACAUGUGUGCUUGUGAGAACUGUGCUAGCCUGAUGAAGAAAUGUGUGCAGUGUCGGGCGGUGGUUGAGCGAAGAGUGCCCUUCAUCAUGUGCUGCGGAGGGAAAAGUUCAGAGGAUGCCACUGAUGACAUCUCAAGUGGGAACAUCCCCGUGUUACAGAAGGAUAAGGAUAACACCAAUGUCAAUGCAGACGUGCAGAAGCUGCAGCAACAGCUUCAGGACAUUAAAGAGCAGACAAUGUGCCCUGUGUGUUUGGAUCGUCUGAAGAACAUGAUUUUCCUCUGUGGCCAUGGAACGUGCCAGCUCUGUGGAGAUCGAAUGAGUGAAUGUCCUAUCUGUCGAAAGGCUAUUGAACGAAGGAUUCUUUUGUAUUAACUAAGAAACUCAGUGUGUUUUGUUAGCUAAAGUAUUCAGUCAUGAGAUCUUAGCUUUUAAGCUAGUUGGAGGUUCUAAUGAUUAAUUUUUAAUAUCAUAGUUUCUUUACUAGAGUGUAAUUUGACUAUAAAUGUACCAGACAACAGCAACAAAAAACUCUACAAAACAGUGUUUGGACCCGUGUUUUUUGGUUUUUGUUUUUGUUUUUUUCCUUUUCAUUUGAAACAUCAAAUUCAUGUAAUUCAUAGGUAAUUUACCUUUGGCUUCUAAAGGGGAAAAUCCUUUAAGGAUCUCUUGUUAUUUUUGUUUUUAUUGCAUUUUCUUAUAAGAGAAUUAAUAAAUUUGUUUGACCUUAAAAGAUACACUUCCUUAUGCUCAGCUGACUUUCAGUUUAUCAUGAUUUUACCCAGAGAGUUGACACAGGUACUCAGAAAAGUCACGCAUCAAAUGAAAGGCGCAAGUCAAAUCAUUAUGUCAUGCAUGUUAAAUAAUAAAAUGGUAGUACAAGCUGUACGUGGUUAAGGGAAUACUGAACAGGGGAGUCUUUUUAAGAUAACGUACAGUUUAUCCCAAUGAUUGUUUCUGAAUUCUUAGAGUAAAUGAAAACAGCGUGAGAGAAUAAUGACUUGGCAUUUAUUUCCUGGAUUCAAGGAAAAUUGCUUAACUUGAAUCAGAUUGCUAGUUUCAGUAUGACUGAUAGACAUGAAAAGGAGAAAUAAGCAGUCAUAGUGGGGAAUUGCAGGGGGAGGUUGUCCAAUAAAAGAGUACCUGUUAACUCACCAUUACCAGUUGCCUUUCUUAUAUUAAUUAAUACACUGUUUUGUUUAGCCAGCUGUUAAAAAAAAGUCUGUGAAAAGCGUGCCUCAGUUUCCCCUGUGAUUACUUAUCCAGACUUGAUCUGACUGGUGAAAUGGUAUUGCCCUCUUUGGGGCUCUGAGGUUCAAUUUAGCUUUUCUAAUGUGCUGAAUAGCAGCACCCCAGUGAUCGGAGAAGGAUAAUGCAUUGCCCAGAGGCAGCAGCCUGUCUUCCCCGUAUCUGUUAAUUCUGCCAGUGUUGCUCUUUCUGCCUUCAUCAUAGGCCUCGCUUCCGUGAUCUCUCAGAUAGUAGAGCAGUCUGUCUUUAUAUCUGAUGAUGAAGAUAUUAUUUAAACUGCCAGCAGUAUCCAAGACAGUACAUAACCAGUGAUAAACAUUUACUUUAGAAACAAUGACUAGGACAUUUACAGAAAUAUGUCUGAUUACCUGUGUGGGUUUUUUUUUUUUUAACUCAAACUUUGACUCUAGAGCAUCUAAUACAUUUUUCUCCUUUGAAUGAGUAGUCUCUCAGUAGUAUGAAUAUACACAUGAAUAUAAGUAUUUUGGGGUUCAUUGUUACUAGAUUAUAAAAAUAUCAGCUGUUCACGAUAGUAUCUACUAU